CUCAGUAUUUUUUGUGUGUGUAGCAUUCACCUCCAACAUCAUCUGUCUGCUCUUCAUCCCAAUCCAGUGGCUGUUCUUUGCUGCCAGCACCUAUGUGUGGGUACAGUAUGUGUGGCACACAGAAAGAGGUGUGUGCUUACCAACAGUAUCACUGUGGAUACUUUUUGUUUAUAUUGAAGCAGCCAUUAGAUUUAAAGAUUUAAAAAACUUCCACGUGGACCUUUGUCGUCCAUUUGCAGCACACUGCAUUGGCUACCCUGUUGUGACUUUGGGCUUUGGCUUUAAAAGUUACGUCAGCUACAAGAUGCGGCUGAGGAAGCAGAAGGAGGUGCAGAAGGAGAAUGAGUUCUACAUGCAGCUCCUGCAGCAGGCUCUGCCCCCAGAGCAGCAGAUGCUGCAAAGGCAAGAGAGGGAGGCAGAGGAAGCAGCCAAAGGAUUAUCUGAUAUGGAUUCCUCAAUACUCCUGCAGCACAAUGGAGGCAUUCCAGCCAACAAAAAAAUCUCUGCAACGUUGCCAGAGCUGGAAUAUCGAGAAAAAGGGAAAGAAAAGGACAAGGAUGCAAAGAAACACAACCUUGGAAUAAACAACAACAUUUUGCAACCUGUAGACUCUAAAAUACAAGAAAUUGAAUAUAUGGAAAACCAUAUCAAUAGUAAAAGAUUAAAUAAUGAUCUUGUAGGAAGUACAGAAAACCUCUUGAAAGAGGACUCAUGCACUGCCUCGUCCAAAAAUUACAAAAAUGUCAGUGGGGUUGUGAACUCCUCACCCCGCAGCCACAGUGCAACCAACGGGAGCAUCCCCUCCUCAUCCUCCAAAAAUGAGAAAAAACAGAAAUGUGCCAGCAAGAGCCCGAGCACACAUAAGGACUUAAUGGAAAACUGUAUUCCUAAUAACCAGCUAAGCAAACCAGAUGCACUGGUAAGGUAAGUUGGGCCUGAGCCUUGUCUCAUCC